AUUCCCACCUUCUCUCUCCUCUUUCUCUCUCUAAGAUGGCUUUUCAUUCUCUCCUCUCUCUCUUCUUCCCCAUUUUUUUCUCUUUCUUUUCUGCAGUACUCUCCACUAAUUCUGAAGGAAAUGCGCUACAUGCUUUGAGAACCAGGUUUUCAGACCCGAUAAAUGUUCUACAGAGCUGGGAUCCAACUCUUGUAAACCCUUGUACCUGGUUUCAUGUUACCUGUGAUUCUAAUAACCAUGUUGUCCGCUUGGACUUGGGAAAUUCCAACAUUUCUGGUACUUUGGGUCCGGAGCUAGGUGAAUUAAAGCACCUUCAGUAUUUGGAACUUUACAAAAACAACAUUGGAGGGAGAAUCCCGAAGGAGUUGGGCAAUUUGGCAAAACUUGUUAGCAUGGAUCUGUAUGGAAAUAAAUUCAAUGGGAAUAUACCAAAGUCUUUUGCUAAUUUGAAGUCCCUUAGAUUUCUACGGCUAAAUGAUAACAAGCUGACUGGAUCGAUUCCAAGGGAGCUCACCACUCUAUCGAACCUCAAAGUUUUUGAUGUCUCUAACAACCAUCUUUGUGGAACAAUACCGGUCGACGGCCCGUUUGGAUCUUUUCCUAUGGAGAGUUAUGAGAACAACAAGCUAAAUGGACCAGAACUGAAAGGGUUGGUGCCCUAUGACUUUGGAUGCUAAGGAUGUAUGUCUACACAUUACUUGCACAAGAAAGAAUAUAUAUAUAAUUAUAUAUAUAUAGGAUAAAACAAAUGUGUUUUCAUUUAAUGUUUUUUCUUUUCUUUUUAAACCCUUGUUUUACCUAUUAUUAAUUAUGUGACAGCCAUUAUAGCUCAAAAUCAAAUGCCAUUGUAUCAUGCAGCAUAAAAUUGAGUAGGUGGUAAUUUUAAGCUAAUUAAAUUAAGGACUGAUUUACAAAUA